CGUAAUUAGCUGGGAUCAGUUGAACGCUAACCGUGCCAUCGAGUGGAAGUGGUAUAUUGACCAGAGAGUGCCGAGACUUGAUCACAGUGUGAUAGCCACUGAAUUGAACUGCAGGAAACUGAAUUACUUUUAAGGAUCAUCACGUAUACGCCCUGUCGCCCACAUUAAAAAUGUCGCUGAGAAAGAGCUUCCUGGGCUGCCUGCUGGUGGCCACCGCACUGAUAAUGCUCCACCACGUCCAUGCUGACUCUGACAUGCCGAGCAGCCUAAAGCCCUGUGAAAGGUAUGGGGGAGUGUGCAUGCACUAUUGCGAGAAGAAAAUCCAACGCCCCAGUUCCGACUGCAAGAAUGAGAAAUUAUGCUGUGUGGUGAUGUAGUUAUACUUAUGCAGAUAUAAAAGCAAACACACAUAAGUUAUGUGACAUAACACAUACACGCCAUGCACAGAAAAGAAAACAUCCAUUUGGAAAUAAAAUGUGAGCAAAUCAUCUUGACAUUUUAAUUAGAUGUGGUAAAUUAACAUAAUUUUAUAUGCUUUAAAUUUAAAAAAGUAUAUAGAUUUCUUUUGAAUUUUUCACCCUUUUGUCUAGCAAAAUCCCCUCAGCUUAUUAUAAAAUCACUGUAAAUAUUUCAACAACCAUUCUUUCAUCUUUCAUAAAGUAUGGGUAGGGGUCAACUGACUGUAAACUAUAUAUUUACCAUAUAUUUUAAAUCAAAAGUGUUUGUUAUCAGCGACAUUUACCUGACAAGAAUUUGCCAUGUUGGAUUAAUUAAAAAUUAAUUGAAAUUACAUGUCGAGUAUGGGAUUUUAAGAGUAACGAAAACUUACUUUCUGGACAUACAUAUGUCUACGAAAAAUAUUCGUUAAAAGGUCAUUAGUUAUUGUUUUUUAAUGCUAUCGUUAAAGAUUAGUUUCCCUAAUAAAUACUAACAAAUCAGUUACUUGCUAACGAUUUGUUUCGAGUGCAGUGAAAGAGCGCCGCUGAUGGCGGCGAUCGGAGAAGUUGGCUAUUUUUCUAAGCUCUCUCACGCUCUUUAAUUGAACCGAACUUCCUCUUUCACUUCCUCCCCUCUCCCUCUUUCUUGCUCUCCAAUUGUGCAAAACCGCACGCUCUCGCCCUCUCUGUCCGUCUCCGGCGCUCCCUCUCCGUCUUUGGCGCUAUAAGUUAGUAUUUUUCGUUGGAAAGCAUCUGUAGCGUAAUUGGGGGAUUAGUAGUGUGAUCAGUUGAACGCUAACCGUGCCAUCGAGUGGAAGUGGAUUAUUGACCAGAAAGUGCCGAGACGUGAUCACAGUGAACUGAAGAAUACUGAGAAAUAUCGAACCGAAACGAACCGCAGCGAACCGAAUUACUUUUAAGGCACAUCACGUAUACGCCCUGUCGUCCACCUUGAAAAUGUCGCUGAGAAAGAGCUUCCUGGGCUGCCUUCUGGUGGCCACCGCACUGAUAAUGCUUCACCACGUCCAUGCCGAUGCCGACACGAAUGAAUUAGAUAGCCGAGAAACGUACAUGCUCCAAGGCGUAACGGUGUAUCCCCAUGAUCGACAGUGUGUCAUGGUCGGCGGACUGUGCGUGAAGAGCGAAGACUGCCUGGAGCCCACCACAAAGCGGGGCCUGUGCCCCACCAGUGCCGCCUACGGUGUGGAGUGCUGCUAUGAACUGCCGGUAAGACCAGCGCCCUGUGAAACGCACUAUGGAGCAUGCAUGAACAAUUGCGACGAGAAUCUCCGUAGACCCAGUACCGACUGCAAGAAUGGCAAAGUCUGCUGUGUCCUGGUCUAGUUAUACUUACGCAUAUAUACACAUACACCCCAUGCACAGGAGAAAAAUGGAUUGCUUAUGAAAUUGUAUUUAAACAAUGAUUGAUUUCAAAUAAUUUCACAAGCAGUGAGACAAGUGUCUAGGUAGAUUUAAUACUCAAGAUUUGUUGAAUUACCUUAAAACUGCAUUUCUAAAGUCGAAUAUUAUAUGAUAACCUUCCCAAAUUUUAGCUAUUUAGGUAAAGGUGCUUUUUUCCUGUGCAGACACCAACAAAACACACACAAACGCGACACACACACCGUACAUAAACAUGUAUUUAUUAAACUAUAUGUAUAUUAAUAAUAUUGUACGAAUACUUUUGUAUGUCAACUUAGGAGUCCCCAUCACACACACAUCAAUCCACCCCCCAAAACAGAGUGAAAUAUUGAAAAGCUUCCAAUAAAUGCAUUGUAAAUAUUUUCAACAAAAA